AUGUCUUGCAUGUUAGUGAUUAAUGAUGUUGAUAGUUUGUUUCUCAUUAUUUUGGCAGCAUACUAAUAUCGUGAUGUCAAGAAAUAAAUUCAAUUGAAAAAUAAAAGGUAAUUUAUUGUAUUUUGGGAACUCAUUUUCCAUUUGUUAAUGUCAGCUGAUAGGAAUUACAUACGUUGAGCGAACAGAAAUGUAUAAAAAGUGCUACUAAAAUUCAAGAGUACAUGUAAUGCAACAUUUAUUCAUUUAAAAAAAUCCUCAAUGUUAACCCAAUGAAAUAAGCCUUUAAAAAGCAGCCCUAUCGCGAUUUUAAAAGAGUUGAACAUAUAUGUGAGUGAUCAGCACUAGAUCAAUUCUAAAUAAAAGUUCAGAAUUAUUAUUAUAUAUAAGAUAAAAGACAAAGAGUUUUUAUUGACGUUGUUUUAUUGACAAAGUUCUACUGGAAGAUGAUUGUUAACAUUUUUUUUAAUUAUUAUUAUUAUUAAGAUAUAUGUAUAGAACCCUUUGUCUCAAUAAACUGAAAAUCUCUCUAAAUCUCUCUCUCUCUCUCUCUCUCUCUCUCUCUCUCUCUCUCUCUCUUUAAUUCUUAUAUUUUAUUUUAUUAUCAUUCUCUUUUUUCAUUCUUGAUAUAUAAAAUUUACAUCUAGAACAUUCGUUCUUACGACAUAAUCUUCAGCACUUAGUCAAUAUGUUGCAUCACUUUUAUAUUACAGAGUUGCCUUUCCUUUUGAAUUUGGCUAUAUCACCUUUGAACUUCUUAGUGCGUUCUGAUUGGUCAAUCACUAGAUAUUUGGAAAUGAGUGACACCCAUGUAAGUUCCAUUAAGCCCUUCCCAUAAACUAUCAUUUUCACACAAGGUAGAGAAGUUCCGACAUUACAAUAGUUCACAGAGGGACAUUUUCUACAACUUUCGAUAAACAAGACCAAAGAAACUCAGAGGUCCAGAGAGUGACCAAGAGAAGCCAUGUCGGUUGUGUGGAUUUUCGGGAGUUGGGCGAGCUGGAACAAGCUCCGAGGAAAUGACGACGAUGAUUGGGUGGACCGAGUCAAUCACAUCUACACCGUGGUCCUAUUGUGCAUCUUCGCCGUGUUCACGGGAGGCGGACAAUACGUAGGAAACCCCAUUGAAUGCUGGUGCCCCGCGCAGUUUACGGGGUCGUAUGUAUCGUAUACGAAAUCCUACUGCUGGAUUAAAAAUACGUACUAUGUUCCUCUUGAGGAAGCUAUCCCCUUGGACCAUGGGACCCGUCGUCAAGAAGAACUGACCUACUACCAGUGGGUUCCUAUCAUCCUCGUCUUCAUGGCUUUCUUAUUUAAGGUGCCCUGUCUCGUAUGGAGGAUGCUGAACAGCUACUCGGGACUAAAUCUAGAGAAAAUUGUCAAUAUGUCCGCCGGGACACAGACAGCUGAGCCAAAGAAGAGAGACGAAACUGUUAAACACAUCGCCGUUUACAUCGACCGCUGGUUGGAGACCCACCGUCAGUACAACUACAACUUUAUGGUCCGAAUGAAACAAAAGGCGUCCAAGAUCUGCUGCAUCAUGUGUAACAAGCGCGAAGGCACAUACCUUACAGGCCUGUACAUGUUUGUCAAAAUCUUGUACUGCGUCAACGUCAUCUGUCAAUUUUUUAUCUUGAAUGCAUUUAUGGGACACGGGUUCUAUUCCGCUUACGGUCUCGAAGUUCUCCAAGGAUUGGCCAACAAUUGGGAGAUCAAUGAAAGUCCUCGUUUCCCGCGCGUCACUCUCUGUGAUUUUGACAUCCGUCAGCUUCAGAACCUGCAGAGGUGGACCGUCCAGUGUGUACUACCCAUUAACCUCUUCAACGAGAAAAUCUUCAUAUUCCUUUGGUUCUGGUUCGUGUUAGUUGCCAUCGUCACGUGCGGCAACUUCCUGUUCUGGGUCUGGCGUGUGCUUGUGAAGCAAAACCGCGUUGCCUACAUCAAGAAGUUCUUGAAGGUCCGCGAUGAACUCCAUGGAGAGGAUGACAAGAAGGUUUGCCGUCAGUUCGCGGACCAAUAUCUUCGUGAUGAUGGUCUCUUCGUUCUGAGAAUCAUAGCUAGGAACACUAACGCCAUCUUGUUGACUGAUUUGGUAUUGAACUUGUGGGGUAUAUACAAGGAAAAACCCUUAGUGAAAAAAGCCCUAAGUGAUGAUUAUGGCGAAACGCAUGCCUAAGCGAGACUGUCUUUGUAAAAGCUAGUUAUGUUCAAAUGGGGAGAGUGCAAGAGACAUUCCAGGUAGCGCGAGGUGACACAAAUAAAUGUAUGCCAUCAGUGUUGGUUUGAAGGGGUGCUUAAAUUUCGUAGUCGACCUGCUUUUGACGUCAGAUUUCGCCACUGUUCCCGCCUUUGGUGCUAAGCGUGUCAGGGAGAGAGAGGGAUACUAGUCCUAGUCAUACCAUUUGGGCAUUGGCAGUUCCAACUAUGCAGUAGAAUAACUACAUUCACAAUUUUUUUUGUUCGAAUUUGUUUUUUUCUCUCGAUUUUCCAGCAAACAUCUUGAUUUUAUUUCGAAACAAAAUGUCCAUCGAAUCUCAAACAUUCCAGAUCCAUUGUCUUCCAGUUGGACAUUAACUACGGCAAACCAGGAUUCCAUUUCCAUGACAUCAUGUAUUACUGAUUUUUUUGUUAUGUAGUGAAAUAUUGCAGUGUCUAAGGAAGUGUGAAUUUUUUUUUUACCGACUCAUUUAAUUUAAAAUUUGUCUCGUGAUAUCUGUUACUUUGAUGAUAUUUGUAAUCAUUAAUAAUUGGCCAGUGAUUGUGUCUUUAUCAUGUUCAUUAUGAUAUUAUCUAAUUUAAAAGAAUUACAACUUUAGAAUGAGAAUCACGAAUCAACGAAUUGUUGUCAAGAUAAAGAAAACUGUGAUACAAACUAACCGCAUUCUCAUGAUAUUAAUUUUUUUCCAGAGAUAUAUUUUUCUAUUUUGAAAAAUGUUUCCAUAUACCACAAUUUUUUUUUUGUUUGUUUGACAUUUAGGAAUGGGUAUGUGAUUAUUUUGGAUUUGAUGCUGUUAGUCAUUUCAUGUUCAAUUGUAACAGGUCAAGGCCCUUAAUUAUGUUGAUCUCUGUUAUUCAGCAUGUGUUCAUAAUUUUGUAAUCACCAUGUCAUAUCGUUGCCGGCUAUAUUAAUCGGAGGACCAAAUGAACAUUCGCUUUUGUUAGAUGUAUGAUAGAAAGAUAACACUGAUGUAUGGAUGCCUAUGUUGUGUUAAAUAUGGGCAUUUCUCUGUUGUGAAAUAUCUUUUAAAAAGGUUGUAUCAAUUUUAAUGUAAUUGGAUUUGCAAAUUUCGCGUGCCUUAUAACCAGGACUCAGCACAAGGGAAUGUAUAUUUUGUAAAAUAAAUGUUCAGAUAGCAUUUAUAUUUUUUAUGAUGUACAAUGUAGUGAUUGCAUAUACCCUUAUUUUAUUACCAAUAAUUCAAACUGCAAUAUAUAGUGGCAUAAGUUGUUUUAAAUAAAAGUUUAACUAUUUAGUUCAGAAAUAGAAAUAAUAAAGAGUUAUUAAAAUG